CAGCAUAAUGAUCGGUUUGAUUGCAACAAUCUAUAACUUGUGAAUGUGGCUGCGCUAAAAAGAGGGGCAGCUUAAGGAGCGCUGGCACGGAAAUACAAUUUAAAAAGGUGUUCGAUCGCUCUGGACGUGUUAUCUUGCGUUAAAAAAUCUGGGAAGAAGACGCUGCAAAGUAUCACCGAAAGAUCGUGAUCUUUCCGAUGGAAGCUGGGGGAGUGACUGAAAGUCAGCCUCGAUGCCUGCCUCUCUUUUCUGCCAUAAACUGAUGUGCGGAGAUGGUCCUUGAUCAACAUGCGAGGAGUUGGCGAAAUUCAUACGUCGUAGUGCUAUCGCAGGGGCUUUUUAUGUCGUUUUUCUUUUAUUUUUUAUUUUACCAAUAGAUAUCAUUCAUAAAGGGACAAAUUAAGCCUUGUUAUUUCUGCGCUAGACUUCAGUUCAAUUGAAGGAGUGAAUUAACAACCGCAUCACGAAAAGGAGUCCGAUAGAUCGAAUAAAAGGCACUUAAAGAAACAUUCAGAAAAAAAUCAAGAUUUUUUGUAUUGUUUUCCACUCUUGAUUGACCUUUAGUUUGGUUCCUGCAUGAAAAGUCCCGUGGAAAGUCAAGGAAAGCAGUAUGCCGCGGAGAAAGCAACAAGAACCGAGGCGAUCCGCAGCUUACAUACCUGAGGAUGAGCUCAAGGCAGCCACGAUCGAUGAGGAACACUUGCAGGAUGACGGCCUGUCCCUGGACGGCCAGGACGCUGAGUUCCUGUGCAACGAGGAGGAGGAUGGCAAGGACCUGCCCAGCUACCAGAACUCCCCUUUCAGCACCGCCACCAACCCGGACGCGGGGUACGGCUCCCCGCUCAGUGAUGCCAGCGAGCAGCUGGCCGACUUCAAGAGCACCUCCUCCAAGGACGGCCAGGACAGAGAGGAGGCCUGCGGCGCGGACAAUGGCCUGCACCUGCAGGACAGCCUGGCGCAGAUGAAAGCCGUCUAUGCAAACCUGAUCUCGGACGCCUCCUGGUCCAGCAUUGCCAUGGACAUCAUGAAAGCCAAGCCGAUCGGCGGCGGCAACAGCAUCAGCAGCGGCCACAACGGGCGGAGCGGCGUCGCCAACAAUCACAUCAGCAGCAGCAGCAGCAGCAGCAGCAGCAACAGUAGCGCUAACAUCACCGCCACCACUAACACCACCACCACCUCCAACAACAAUCCCAACAACAGCAGCAGUGGCAGCAGCAGCGGCAACAGCGGGGCUGCCAAUGGCGGGGGCAUCACCUAUGACUGGCACCAAGCCGCUCUGGCUAAAACCCUGCAGCAGACCCCUUACCACCUCCUGCCCGAGCCCAGCCUCUUCAGCACUGUACAGCUGUACCGGCAGAACAACAAGCUCUACGGCCCUGUGUUCACCGGGGCCAGCAAGUUCAGGUGCAAGGACUGCAGCGCAGCUUACGACACUCUGGUGGGCCUCACCGUCCACAUGAACGAGACAGGACACUACCGGGAUGACAACAAGGACAAAGAGGAGGACAGGGGUAAGAGAUGGUCCAAGCCAAGGAAGCGCUCCCUUAUGGAGAUGGAGGGGAAGGAAGAUGCCCAGAAAGUCCUCAAGUGCAUGUACUGCGGGCACUCAUUCGAGUCCCUGCAGGAUCUGAGCGUCCACAUGAUCAAAACGAAACAUUACCAGAAAGUGCCUCUCAAAGAACCGGUGCCAGCCCUUGCCUCCAAGCUGGUUCCCUCUACCAAAAAGCGAGCACUUCAGGACUUGGUCUCACCCUGCUCCCCAGAGACUGUUAGUGGCAUGCCCCUUGGGGAGAGCACGAAGGAUCCAAAAGCAGCCAAUCCUUACGUUACACCUAACAACCGCUAUGGCUACCAGAAUGGAGCCAGCUACACUUGGCAGUUUGAGGCACGCAAGGCCCAGAUUCUGAAGUGCAUGGAGUGUGGGAGCUCCCAUGAUACUUUGCAGCAGCUGACCGCCCACAUGAUGGUUACUGGACAUUUUCUCAAAGUCACAAAUUCGGCAUCGAAAAAGGGGAAGCAGCUAGUGUUCGACCCCGUGGUGGAGGAAAAGAUCCAGUCCAUCCCUUUGCCCCCCACCACAACACGGCUGCCGGUUCCUAAUAUCAAGUCCCAGCCCGAGUCCCCAGCUCACUCCUCAGGCUCUGAGGAAAAGAGAGAACCGGAAGAAGAGAAGAUGGAGGUGAGCGAGCCCGAGAAAAAGAUCAAAGAGGAGAAAGAGGAGCCCAGUGAGAAGACUGAAACAAAUGCUACGUAUAAGUACCUCAGGGAGGAGGACUUGGAAGAGACUCCCAAGGGUGGGAUAGAUAUCCUUAAGUCCUUAGAAAACACGGUGUCCAGUGCAAUCAGCAAGGCCCAGACAGGCACCCCAACUUGGGGAGGAUAUCCCAGCAUCCAUGCCGCCUAUCAGCUCCAGAGCUCAAUGAAAUCCUCGCUCCCUGCUGUUCAGAGCGUCCAGGUGCAGCCGUCAUUCAACAGCAGCCUGAAAGCCCUGUCGUCUGACCUGGGCUCGGUGAUCCACUCCUCCAGGAGCCCGUCCCCACCCCAUCCCCACAGAAACAACGUCUCGGCCAUGGAGGAGCUGGUGGAAAAGGUCACGGGGAAAACCUCUGUGAAGAAGGAGAAGGAGGAAAAGGCUCCAGACAAAUGCAAACCCGCGCCUGUCAAACCGCCUUCGCCCGUAUCGUCAAGCGAGUACAGUCGGGAUUCGCCCCGGCCGGAUGACCUGAGUGCUAAACCGGCGAAGAAUGGCCAUGCCAAUGCGUAUGUGGAGCCCGUCUGCAAGAGAGAGCCCAAAGAGAGCCUGGUAGAUAAUCAUCUGAAGAAUGGCACAGAGGCCCUGGCAUCGCCGGUCAGCAAUGGCUGUAACAGUUUGGGGAUUAUCACAGACCAUUCACCAGAACAGCCUUUUGUCAACCCCCUCAGCGCGUUGCAGUCCAUAAUGAACACUCACCUGGGCAAGGCGUCGAAACCCGCAGGCCCAGCCUUGGACCCUCUGGCCAUGCUGUAUAAAAUCAGCAACAGCAUGAUGGAAAAGCCCAUCUACAACCCAACUCAGGUUAAGCCAGCAGAGUCCAUAAACAGAUACUACUACGAAUGCAACGACCAGCCCAUGGAUUUGAGGAAAUCCAAAAACAGCAACGGUAGCACCAACCACAGCAGCUCGUCCACUCCGGUCAACAGCAACGGCGGCGGCAGCAACCGGCCCAUCCUCCCCGGUUUGUCGGAGUCCGUUUCCUCGCCGCUCCGAGAGAACGCACUGAUGGACAUCUCCGACAUGGUGAAGAACCUAACAGGCCGGCUGACGCCAAAAUCCUCCACCCCUUCCUCCGUUUCGGAGAAGUCAGACGCAGAUGGGAGCACUUUUGAGGACGCCCUGGAGGAGCUGUCUCCCGUCCAGAAGAGGAAAGGCCGACAGUCCAACUGGAACCCCCAGCACCUCCUCAUCCUCCAGGCCCAGUUUGCUUCCAGCCUCCGGGAAACCCCCGAGGGGAAGUACCUGAUGACUGACCUGGGCCCCCAGGAGCGGGUGCACAUCUGCAAGUUCACGGGGCUCUCCAUGACCACCAUCUCUCAUUGGCUGGCCAACGUGAAAUACCAGCUGAGGCGGACGGGCGGGACCAAGUUCCUAAAGAACAUAGACUCCGGCCAGCCGGUGUUCCUGUGCAGUGACUGUGCCUCGCAGUUCAGGACUCCCUCCAGCUACAUCAGCCACUUAGAGUCGCAUUUAGGCUUCAGCGUCAAGGACCUCUCCAAGCUGUCCGUCGACCACAUCAGGGAGCAGCAGGCCGUCUCCACGGUGAUAAUGGACAAGGCCUUCAGUCCCCUGGGACUCACCGAGGAAGACUCUGGCUCCAUAUUCCAGUGCAAGCUGUGCAAUCGGACUUUCGUCAGCAAGCACGCAGUCAAACUGCACCUCAGCAAAACACAUGGCAAGUCGCCGGAGGAUCACCUGAUCUACGUGUCUGAACUGGAGAGGCUGGAGAAACCGUAGAGUCCAGGGGAGCAGCUGUGUAAACUGAACAGAGAAUCAUUGCACUAAAGUUGAUCACAGCACUGCAUUGGGCCGGAACUGAGCCUUUGAAAUCAGUCUUACUUAUGUUGUGAAACUGCCUAA